AUGUUCAUUAGUUCACAUACCCGCAAACAUUUUACUGAUAAAACCAUUAUAAUUCGUUUCACCUAGAUUCAUUUUCAAAAACCAAAAUUUUUCAACAUUAUUCUUCAAAGUGCGUGUUUUUACAAUGAACAUUAAUUUUUUAAACGUUUUAAUUGUAAGUUUAAUUUUACUGGCCAUGUUUCUGAAAAAUGACGCAGCACCAGAAUGGGUUCCCCUUAAAGGUUGGCCACCUUGUGGCAAAGGAAAGGUGCCUUGUUUGACUGGAAUGGGAAAUUUUGGAAAUUGUUUAUGUUGUGAAACAAAUAAAUGUACUCCUGACGAAACACCAAUGAAUAACAUUACUUGUUCAAAUAAUUAUUGUUAUAAUGAUAAAAAACUAUGUAUGUGUUGCUUUGAUGAUUGUAGUAAUCCACCAAAAUAGUAGCGAAAAAUAAUGCGUCAAUAAAGAAAUUUAAUGAAAAUCAUAAAAACCUUGUGUAACUUAUUUUUCCGACCCUAAGAAUACUUUUAGCUUUUUGUUAAAUAGCUUUGGAAUCUUGGAAUAACAAAUCNCAUUAUUCUUCAAAGUGCGUGUUUUUACAAUGAACAUUAAUUUUUUAAACGUUUUAAUUGUAAGUUUAAUUUUACUGGCCAUGUUUCUGAAAAAUGACGCAGCACCAGAAUGGGUUCCCCUUAAAAGUUGGCCAACUUGUGACAAAGCAAAGACGCCAUAUUCGUGUUUGACUGGAAUGGGAAAUCUUGGAGAUUGUUUAUGUUGUGAAACAAAUAAAUGUACUCCUGAACAAACACCAAGGAAUAACAUUACUUGUCCAAAAAGUUAUUGUUAUAGUGAUGAAAAACUAUGUAUGUGUUGCUUUGAUGAUUGUAGUAAUCCACCAAAAUAGUAGCGAAAAAAAAUGCGUCAAUAAAGAAAUUUAAUGAAAAUCAUAAAAA